GAACUUCAUCCUUCCACUGCAAUAAGCUAAAGCGACUUUUGGCUUGUAAUUAGUUAUUCUGUCCUUUCCAUCUUUCCCCCAAUUCCAUCCACCCACCUCCCUAUAUCUUUAAUCCUUCUAACCCAAGCCCCCUAUAGUCUACCAACACAUUUUUUAAAUUAAAAAACACCCUCCCACUCCUAACUCAUCACAAUCUAAAUAAUCAUUCCCUUCACAAAUUAGGAGAAAGAAAACAAGAAUCGGUUUUGGAUUAGGACGUAGUAAUUGUAAAGCAAAUCCCCUCCCCUCCCCUCCUUCUCCUUUCUUCUGCCUCUCCCCUGUUUCUUGGUUUGGUUUGGUUGUAACUUAUAAGUUUAUAAGUAUAAUUCAAACCCAAAUUUACUCAAGAAAUUGUCAGCACAGAACCAAAAAAAAUGAAACCCAAUUCCAACAACACCAGGCUCAUUCUCCUUCAUCCUUACAUCCAAAAACAGGGCACUUCCUCCAAGAUAUGGCUUCUUGCCUUCCUCUCCUUCUUCACUCUCGCCUUCCUCCUCCUCCUCCUCCUUGUCUACACUCGUGCCUCCACUACUCCCAUCACUGCCGCCUCUUCCCUUGUCUCAUCCUCUCCCUCCUCCCCAUCUUCCUCCGCCACCCCUCUCCCCACCACCGUCAUCAACACCCUUCUCUACUACGCUUCCAAAUCCAACGACUCCUUCCAUAUGACCCACUCCGAGCUCAAACCCAUCUCCGACGUCCUCCGAAAAUGCUCAACUCCUUGUAAUUUCCUCAUCUUCGGCCUCACUCAAGAAACCCUUCUCUGGAAAUCCCUCAACCACAACGGCCGUACCGUUUUCAUCGACGAGAAUCGCUACUACGCCGCUUUCAUUGAAGAGAAACACCCCGAAAUCGACGCCUACGACGUCCAAUACACCACCAAAAUAAGCGAAUUGAACGAACUGAUUACGACGGUUAGAGAGCAGAUACGAAACGAGUGCCGUCCAGUACAGAAUCUUUUAUUCUCCGAGUGCAGGUUGGGACUGAAUGACCUUCCAAACCACGUGUAUGACGUUGACUGGGACGUGAUCUUAGUGGAUGGGCCACGUGGGGAUUGGCCCGACGCGCCGGGAAGAAUGUCGGCGAUCUACACGGCGGGGGUCCUGGCGAGGAGUAAAAAAGGAGGGAACCCGAAAACGCACAUUUUCGUGCAUGAUUAUUACGGGGAAGUGGAGAAGGUUUGCAGUGAUGAGUUUCUGUGUAGCGAAAAUUUGGUGGAAGCAAGUCAUACGCUUGGGCAUUAUGUGGUUGAGAAGAUGGAUGAGAAUUGUUUUCAAUUUUGUCAUAAUACGACGGCGUUCAGAUCCUAGCUGUUUAUCUCUAUGCCAAUAAGAAGAAGACGGUGUUCUUUUUUCCUUUAAGUAGUGAUUCAUGAAGUUGGAAAAGGGUAUGGGAUAUAGAUCUAAAACAUGUUUGUGUAUUUUUAUUUAUGUUGUUAUGAACAACAAUAUCUCGUUUUCAUUAUUGUUUAUUUUCAAAGUAGGUCUUCUUUUUGGAAAUUUUGGAAUUGGGGUUGGACGUUCGAGCAUUGGAGCAUUGGGGACUUGUAAAAAAUAAUUCUUUCUUCAAUUGCAAAACAAGAGUUUCAAUCGCUUUUUA